AUGUUCGAGAUCACCGGAAUAUUUCAGAAUCGUUCCCAUUAUGUGAAGAGUUUUGAGGAUUGUGUGCUCACCCACGAUCCCGAGUGUCGCUACGAUUUCGGUCUUAAGUUCAAAGAAGAUUCCGCCGAUCACAAGCGUCAGAGUUUGUUCUUCUGUGGACACUCCCCCAUUUGCGAGCCAUUUAACACGCCGGGAGCCAUAGCCAGGGCCAAACAGAAUGUGGAGCGUGAUUACUCCGUAAUUGGUUCCUGGGAGGACGUGAAUGUGACUUUGACUGUGCUCGAGCACUAUAUACCUCGUUUCUUCAAGGGCAGCACUGAUGUGUACUAUGAACCCAUCAAGGGCCUGGCUUUUAAGAAGCAAAAUACAAACCACUGGAAGCCCAAGAUUAGCGAACGCAUAAAGCGAAUAAUGCGGGCCAAUUUCACUCAGGAAUAUGAGUUCUAUCACUUCUGUAAACAGCGCCUGUAUCGACAAUAUUUUGCAAUAAACCGACACUUGCAUUUCUAAGGAACCAAGAAAGUCUUUCUUUCUUUUUCACUAACUUUACCCUGGGUUUUCUUGUAUUUAAUUUUCUGUGUCGAUUAUUUACCACUCGUUUCCUUGUAAUUAGUUUUCUGUGUUGAUUAUUUCGAAUGUUUGGCUAGACAGAAGAGACUCAUU